CCUGCAGCAGGUAAUUUUUUUAAAUGGGUGGAAUCGAAAGAAAUAUCCUGCUCUAUUCAUUGUGCUGCUGCUAUGUGAUCCCACUGUGCCUCUGCACUGGACUUCAUUCCCAGACUGUGAGAUUUUCAUCUCAAGUUGGUAUUCAUUUGGAGCAGCAGUCCAUGUGCCCUCAGAUCAGCAUUGGGGAGGAUCAUUUCCCAGGAUUUUAUAUCAUGUCACAGUUCCACAUUGCUGAGUUGGCAAGAAGGGGCACUGUGAAAAAGGUGGCUGGACCAUCUUCUCAGAAUGUUGCUUAUCAAAUAGGCCCAGCAUUCAACUUCAGAAUCAACACAAGAUCAGCCUAUCCGCUUGGAUUGCCGGAGGAGUUUGCAUUUUUGACAGUGCUGCGCAUGAGUGGCAGCACCGUAAAUCAAAACUGGAAUAUCUGGCAAAUGCAAGAUGUGAACGGCGACGAGCAGAUGGCCGUCAGGCUCAACGGGGAAUCCAAGUCGUUGGAGUUUACUUUCACAGCGCUAAACGGAGGGAGGCAGACUGUCGUUUUCAGCCCACUGGGGUUUCUUUUCAAUGACCAGUGGCACAGAGUGUUCCUGGAAAUCAGCAGGGACUCUGUGGCCCUUUUCGUGGACUGUGUCCUGAUCGAUUCUCAGGAUAUUCCACCCAGACUAGAAGUCAGCCUUAAUGGCUUCACGUUAAUAGGAAAGCUCAAGGAUAACCCGGUGGUAGCAGUUCCGGUUGAACUGCAGUCAAUGCUAAUUCACUGCGAUGUGACUCGAGCCCGGAAGGAGGAAUGUUAUGACCUCCCAGGCGGGGCAUCGACAGAUGUGGCAGAAGUGCUGAAUAACCAAGGACCCCCUGGCCCCCCUGGACCUGCAGGUGUCCCAGGAAUUGACGGCAUUGCUGGAGAGAGGGGAGACGAUGGCGAAGACGGUCCUCCUGGACCCGACGGAGAUGCAGGUAAACCUGGCUCUGGAGGAUUACCUGGAAUUCCUGGAAAUGAUGGUUUGACAGGCCCCAUUGGAGAUCCUGGGCCUGACGGUCCCCCCGGACAGAAAGGGGAACCUGGGAAACCUGGACCUCGUGGAGCAGCUGGUGUUGGGCCAGAUGGACCCCUUGGGCCUCCGGGACCUGGAGGACUUCCGGGUGAAUUAGGAAAAGCUGGACCACCUGGGGCUAUGGGUGUGAGAGGGCCACAGGGACCUCGUGGACCAGCAGGGCCCAGAGGUGCUUCUGGAGUGCUUGGCAGCACUGAUCUGUGUCCCAACUCCUGUCCACCUGGGACCUUGGGACAUCCUGGUCUUCCUGGCAUGAAGGGCCACAAAGGUGCAAAGGGUGAAGCAGGAGAACCUGGGAAACAAGGACACAAGGGCGCGGAGGGAGAGCAGGGAAGUCCAGGGGAGGUUGGAGCCCAAGGACCGAGGGGACCUCAGGGAAUUCGUGGAGCUAUGGGAAUGAUGGGCCCAAAGGGAGAGAGGGGACCUCGAGGUCCUGAUGGAGAUCCAGGUCCACAGGGUGUUGCAGGGGCAGCUGGGGAUGUAGGCCAAAGAGGUGUUAUGGGUGAACCCGGGCCUAAAGGCGAACAAGGUGCUCAAGGACCAAGAGGACUCACAGGUGUUCCAGGUCCCAAGGGCGAGUCUGGCUUACCAGGUGUGGAUGGUCGUGAGGGUAUUCCUGGAAUGCCUGGAGCAAAGGGAAGCGUUGGGAAGUCAGGCAUCCCUGGAGAGGUUGGACUUCAAGGGCUUCCGGGUUUGCCUGGUGUACCUGGACCAAAAGGCAUAAGUGGCCCUAAGGGAGAUUCUGGUAACCCAGGCCUUUCUGGAGCAAUAGGAUCUGCUGGCAAACUCGGUGAGCGUGGAGAACAGGGAGAGCUGGGAUCUGUCGGGCCCAUUGGUGAGCCUGGAGAUAGAGGACAGCAAGGUCCUGCAGGUCCCGCUGGAAAGCCAGGUCCCCGGGGACCCAAAGGUGACCCUGGUCUUCCUGGUCUCCCAGGUCCUCCUGGUCUGCCUGGAAUAAAAGGAGAAAGGGGAGAUCGUGGAGAACCAGGACCCAAAGGAGAGCAAGGAGUUCAAGGUGAUGAGGGAAAUCCAGGAGAAAAGGGGGAUGUUGGUGACUCGGGAGAACCCGGCCCUAAAGGGGAAGUUGGGAACCCCGGUGAGGCUGGCAGAAUAGGUCCCGAGGGAAGUCGAGGACAGCCUGGCAUUGAAGGACCACCUGGCACACCUGGACCACGGGGCAUGCAGGGAAACAGAGGCCCACCUGGAGUCAGAGGAACACAGGGUCCUGCGGGUAAACAGCCAAGUGAUCAGCACAUCAAACAAGUUUGCAUGCGAGUCAUGCAAGAACAGCUGACUCAGUUAGCUGCUAGUUUAAGGAGGCCAGAGUCUGGCAUUGCUGGUUUACCUGGAAAACCUGGCCCACCGGGGCCUCCUGGUCCUCCAGGAGACAACGGCUUCCCCGGGCAUGCUGGCUCAAGAGGCCUUCCAGGACUCAAAGGGCCACCAGGACAGAUGGGAGCAAAAGGACCCAAAGGUGACAUGGGAGACAGAGGGGCCAGAGGACCCAUUGUUCGAGGACCGAAAGGUCAACCUGGACCACCUGGACUUCCUGGGGAACCGGGAAGGCCUGGCUAUGGCCGUGACGGUCAGGAUGGGCAGAGGGGACCUCCUGGCAUUCCUGGACAGCUCGGUGUGCCCGGGCCUCCGGGUCCAGCCGGUCCUAAUGGUUACUGUGACCCAUCAGCCUGCAACCUUCAGGCAGGAGCUGCGCAGCAGUCCUUGGAUGUGAAGGGACCUGCAGGAAACUAAGAGACAUUCUGGCAAAGAACAGAAAGACUGUCGAAUUAUCUCCCCUGAGCACACAGCAUUUUUCACAGUUUCUUCCCAGGGCCUCUAGCUGGCACAGUGCCUUUGAUUCGCUAACCUCUUGUCUUACGAGCAUGUUUUGUGCCAGCCACAUCUCCAUCAGAAGCAGCCAGCCUCUUUGAGUCGUGGAAAAACACACACAUAUAUAUUUUUUUUUAUGCGCUGCAAAAAUCUAGCCUGUUCUGGUGUGUUUUUUUUCUACCUGAGAGCUGUUUUGAUAUAUUCAGGACUGUGCUCCCAUUUCCGACAUAUAAAAAUGACCAGAAAUGGUUGUUUAUCCCACUCUCCUUGUACCUCUGCCUGAAUUUUCUUUUUGUGGUCUCCCUUAACUAGUUUUCCGAAAUAAAAGCUCUUUCUUUUCCUCCACUUUUUCCCAGAACAUCUCAAAUAAUUAACUAAAUUAAAUCAGGAUGAGGAUUUUUUUGGGGGUGAGAGCUGGGGGAGCUGAGGGUUUCAAACCAUCAUGGUCUCUAUGAGCUGAUCUUCCAAAGAUAACCUUUCUGAUACCCUCUUUUGAAUAUAUAGUUUUACAUUUCUGACUGUCUUUUCAGGCUUGCUGUAUGGUGUAAAUCUGUAAAAACUGAACAGUGGUUACUUCUAUUCCCUACAAACCCCCUGAUGUGAAAUGUUACCUCAUUGUAAAGAAUGACAACAGAGCACAGCUGUGCAUAUGUGGGAGUAUGUUUGAAGGAUGAGGGAAAACCAUCAUCAAAGUAAGAAAUACACAGGACAGCAUAUGGAGUGUUUAAUUUAUUCUGUAUACCGGUGUGAUUAAAGAUAAAAAUAUAUUUUGUAAAGAGUAUCAGGAAAUGAUUCUUAACCAUUUUUCCAAGAACCUCGGAGUUAAAAAUGAAAUAAAAUACAAAUGUCACAACUGA